AUGAUUUAUUCUCUGUAUAUUAUCAACAAGGCUGGUGGUCUUGUUUAUCAGAAAGAUUUCACAAAUCAGCUCGAAAAACUAUCCAGCAAUGAGUAUCUCGUCUUGGCUGGUACAUUUCAUGGUGUCCAUGCUAUUACAUCCAAAAUUUCGCCUCUGCACAAUUCCUCUGGUAUUGAGAUGCUGGAAGCCGAGAAUUUCAAGCUGUAUUGCAACCAAACACUCACUGGCACCAAAUUCCUGCUCAUCACGGCACCUCAGCAAAACAAUGUGGAUGCUUACAUGAAGAAGAUUUACGACACUUAUAGUGAUUUUGUCAUGAAGAACCCCUUCCAUACCCCAGAAAUGCCAAUUCGUUCAGAUCAAUUUGAUCAAUCCCUGUUGAAGUUCAUCAAUACUAAUGGAACAGCAUAA